CAUGAUCAUCCCCUUAAUUUACAAGAAUAUAAAAACCAUCCUUACCCAAAAUUAAAAAUUUGACAUUACCCAUAUAAUUAAUUAACGAGGAAGAGAGAAAAUGAAGCCUUUCUGCUUCUUCUCUCUCUUUCUCUUCUCCUUUUUCACCUUCCAUGUGAUCACAACAAGCUCCAUCAACCCCAACAUCCAAGAAACAUGCAACAUAUGUGCCAAAGAUGAUCCAAAUCCAAAGGCAAUGCUCAGUUUCUGCACCAAUGUCCUUCAAGGUGCCAAAAAAAGCGAACACGCUAGCCGCCGGGGGCUCGGGAAGAUCUCAAUGACCCUACUGAAAGCUAAUAUGAAUGGCACAAAGUUUUUCAUCAGAGAAACUCUGAAUCAAACAAAGCUUGAUCCAAAUCUCAAAUUAUGCCUCAAAUCUUGCAGGGUAGAAUACAAACGUAUGAAACUUGGGGUAGAUUUAGCCCUACAAGACUACAAGUUUGAGCACUAUCAAGAUGCUCAUAAUGAGAUUAGUGGAAUUAUGAAUGCUCCUACAACUUGUGAGAAUUUGUUCAAGGAAAAGAAAAUUUCUUCUCCGUUGACACAGAGAAAUGAGCAUGCCCUUCAGUUGUCUACAAUGGCACUGUGUUAUAUAGAUAAGGUUGUGAAAAAAUGAUCUUUGCUACUUUAUGAUUCAUUGUUACGUAUGGAUACGGAAAACAUCUCUUGUUUUAUUUCUGGUAUUAAUAAAUAAUUAUCUAUA